CCGGGCUGCGGCCCCGCCGCACCGGCCCCGGCGGAGCGGGGAUCCCGGAGGCCGCCGCCGGGGCUCGGCGGAGGGGAUGCUCGGCCGCGCUCAGCGCAGCAUCCCGCCGGCCGGGCGUCCCCGCCAGCCGCUCCGCGCGGGGCCGGGGCUGGGGGGCGCGGGGCGGCGAACCCGCCGGUAGCCGCCCGCCGGUACCGGCCCGUGCCGGGGGCGCUCCUGGCAGCGGGACCUCCCCCCUCCCCUGCGGGCGCCCCGGCCCCUGCGCCCGCCGCCCGCGGAGGAUGCUCCCGGGCGGCGGGCGGACCCUCGCCCGCUGCCCGGCCCGCGGCUCCCGCCUCCCGGCGUUGCCCCGGGGGCCGGCGACCUGGCCCGGGCGCCGCGUCCCGGGCGGCGGUUCUCGGCCUCCGCAGGGCGGCAUGAACCCCCGGCGGGGGCCCGGCGCUCGAGGGACGGCGAGAGAGGAGGAAGCUCCGGGGCCGCGCUCUGCCUCCGGCCGGGAGCUCUAGGCCGGCUGUCCGGCCGGGAUGUGAAGGUACCGCUGAGGCUGGUUCUGUUCCCAGGACACCCCGCGGAGCUUUUGGCGGCCCCGGGUCCCCCGUGGCCGUGGGCGCUGCCCCGGGGGGCAGGGAAGAGCCGCCGUCAGCAUCCUCGGGGAGGCGAAAGGUGGAGCCCGGCCCGUUCCCGCAGAGCGUCCGUUCCUGCUUCCCCCGGGCCGGCCCCGUGCUGGCGCGGUGCCGUCGGCUGCCCCGGGGCUCUGGGGCCGGCUGGCCCUGCUCGCCGCCCGGGGCAGCCAUGCCCUCCCCCAGCGACUCCAGCCGCUCGCUGACCGGCCGCACGUCUCGCAGCCUCACCCACCUCCGUGUCCAGCGGACCUGGCUGCAGAUCCUGCUGGUGCUGGGCUUCAUCCAAGUGAUCCUGGGCGUCCUGAUUGUCACCUUCAGCCUGGUAGCGGCCACCAUCACGCCCUCCGCCAAGAUCCGGCACUCCUGUCCAUCCUGGGCCGGCUUCUCACUGGCGCUGUCUGGGCUUGUCGGCAUCGUCUCCUGGAAGCGGCCGCUCACCCUGGUGGUCACCUUCUUCACACUGCUGUCGGUGCUGGGCAUCAUGCUGAGCCUCGCCGGGUCCGUCCUGUCCUGCCAGAACGCACAGCUGGUGAAGUCCCUGGAGGCCUGUGAGAGGGAGAAGGACUCGUGCGUCUGCUGCCAGGCCCCCUUGGAGCCCCCGCCCGCCUCCUGCAGCCAUCACAGCGAGAUGCUGACCAUGUUCCCCAACCCUGACUGCUGGAGCAUCCGCGUGGCACUCAAGGAUCUCCUCUUCAGCGUCUGCGGCUUGACCGUCUUCUCCACCAUCAUCUGCACGCUCUCUGCUGUCGUGUGCUGCAUCCAGAUCUUCUCCCUCGACAUCGUCCAUGUGCUGGUCCCCCAGCGCUCGAGCUCUGUGACGCUGGAAUGCACGUCCCCCCCUGACACCUUUCUGCAGAGCAUGAUGGACUUUGAGGAGUUCGUGCCCCCAGUGCCACCACCCCCCUACUACCCACCCGAGUACACCUGCAGCUCUGAGACCGACGCGCAGAGCAUCACCUACAACGGCUCCAUGGACAGCCCCGUGCCCCUCUACCCAACUGACUUCCCCCCUUCCUACGAGACCGUGAUGGGGUUGCGGGGAGACAGCCAGGCCACCCUGUUUGACUCGCAGCUGACGGACGGCUCGCACGCCUGCACCUGCGACCGCGUCCCCUCCAUUGUGCUCAGCGGAGAAGUGUCCAUGGACAGCGGGUCCCUGAUCAUGUCCGAGAUCAUGGACAUCCCCGGGGACAGCAGCCCCUCGGAGGACUCGUGCCUACUGGAGCUGCAGGGCUCCAUGCGCUCCGUCGACUACGUCCUCUUCCGCUCCAUCCAGCGCAGCCGCGCGGACUACUGCCUGAGCGUGGACUGCGUGCAGUGCAGCCACCACGCACGCAGCCCCACGCUGGGCUUGCAGGGGCCCUUUGAGGAGACACCCCAGCCCCGGGUGCGGGGGGAGCGUUCCUACUCCUGCUCCACAGCAGAGCCCAGCCACGAUGGCAUCUUGGUGGGGGGAGCCAUCACCCACAGCUGCAAUCGCCUGGAGGGGCUGGCCCGCUGCGUCGGCCCCUGCUUCCCUGAGGUGCGGCUCAAGGAGAAGGGCUCGCUGCAGGGGCGUGGGGGUGGCUGCCCCUCGGGGCCUGGCACUGGACGCCUCUGCCACCCACGGCGCAACAGCGAGACCUCCUGCCCUUCGUCCCCGGCCCCGGGGCUCGGCCAGCGCCCGCUCAUGAGGUCCCACAGUGACCCCGGCGUCCUGAUGGCCAGCCAUGCUGCAGAUUUCAGGGAAGUACUUUAUACCAAAGCACUGGAGGACACCAUGUCCAACUCCUCUGCGGAUACAGGGCUGUGCUCGGAGGCCUGCCUGCUCCGCCGAUCGCACUGUGACUCCCCCCCGCUGCUCCGGGCCAGCUCGGUGAGGAAGAACAAGCUGCUGCCCUCCAAGAAGGUGACGCAGCAGCUGUCGAAAACGACAACCCGUUCGCUGGGGGACCUCAAGGUCUGCCGGGGCACCCGCGGGCUGGUGGCCAGGUUCCUGCAGAGACCCAAGCGCAGCCCAGCAGCCGGCACGGAGGUGCCCGCGCACAGCUCCCAAGGGCACAAGCAGGUUCCCUGGAACGCCUGGCCGGGAGCGGAGCGGCCCCAUGAAGGCAUCCACCUGCAGAGCUGCGGGGACCUCAGCUCCACCUCGUCCCUGCGCCGGCUCCUGUCCGCCCGCCGGCUGGAGCGCAGCCGCCCGCGGAGCCUGAGCGGGACCUGCAAGGAAAGUGUCCUCUGACGGUGUACCCCCACCCACGGCGCGGCCUCUGCAGGGACCCUCCUGGUGCCCCGGCGCGGAGAAGGGGGGGUCCCGCUCUGGGCCAGGGCCCUCGGACAUUGCUCGGACAUUGCUGCUGUCCUGGCGGGGCUGGGUCCUGCGCCGCUGCCCUGGGGCCUCGUCUGGGCCCCUUCCCCAGGUGGGGCCAGGGCGAGGGGCUGGUCCCCUGGGGUGUCUGCUGGGCAGCUGAGACAGCCGUGCCUGUCCCCUGCCCUGUCCCCCCCGCGCUGGCCGUGCCCGUUCCCUGCCCUCUCCCCCGUGCCAGCCGUGCCUGUACCCCGUCCUGUCCCUGCUCUGCGCUGGCCCUGCCCGUCCCCUGCCCGUCCCUUGUGCCAGCCGUGCCUGUACCGUGGGAUGGCCGUGCCCGUCCCGUCCCCCCCCGUGCCGGCCGUGCCUGUCCCCCACACUGGCCCUGCCCGUCCCGUGUGCUGGCCCUGCCCGUUCCCUGCCCGUCCCUUGUGCCAGCCCUGCCUGUACCGUGGGACGGCCCGGCCCGGCCCCUGCCUGUCCCCUGCCCGUUCCCAGUGCCAGCCGUGCCUGUACCGUGGGAUGGCCCUGCCCGUCCCCUGCCCGUCCCCUGUGCCAGCCGUGCCUGCCCCCCGCCCCGACCCCCGCACAGCCCCUCUGCCCGGCCCUGCCCGGUCCCCGGCGCCUCGCGCUGGCCGUGCCCGUCCCCCGCCCGGUCCCCCCCGCCCCGGGGUCCCCGCGCCCGGCUGCGCCCGGGAACGCGUUGCGGGGCCGGUCCCGCGGCGCUCGCAGCCACGCUGCCCCUCGCUAGAGACCGAAUAAAGGUGGUCGCCGCUC